AUGGAAGCGAACGCGUUUACGAAUGAACCUAAUGGGACAGUUGGUGAUGGUAAGGGUGGUGAUGGUAAUGUCUUUACAGCUCUCUUGCAUGAUAGGGCAGUAUCUGAUUCAUCUUCUGAUAGAAGUUCUCACUCGAGUACCAGAAGUGGUUCUGCUGCGCCACGAGAAACGGCUGCACGCGAAGGACCAGUUCAGCCGUUACUGAAAGAGGUUCAUCCCCAACAAACACUCUCUACAGUCACAGAAACAUCUUUACAUGGAAGACAAAAUGGGGAAAAUGUUAGGAUUCAAGAAGAAAAACAAGCUGUCGAUUCUCUACCAGACCGUGAUGGAAAUGAUGGUGUCAGUGCUUCUGAUACUACUGCCCCUCAAGCGGAGAGGAGUUCGUCAUUAUCCGGAGCCACUCCAAUUGUUGGAGAACAAAGCCAAACUCAAGAGACAAAUGGAACUCAACAAGAGACCCAAGCUGAAUCAAAUCAGACAGUGGAUCCCACUACACCUGGUGACUCUAAUACUACCCAGGAACCAUCACCUGAAGGUGCGACUUCCACAGAAGGUUCACAAGAGAAUACCAAUGCUAACUCAACGGCCAACAUAAACACUACCACCACUACCAUUACCACCACCACCACCACCACAACAACAACAACAACAACACUUCCUCCCGCACCUAACACAGAGAUCAGCACCAUCACUUCCACCGUACAGAACAAGGCUAAUGCUGACAGCAGUGUCAGUCUUGUGUGGAUGCGCACUGCAGCACCGCUACUGAUUGUGGUUGUGUUGGUCUCUGCUACUGUGUACUGA